AUGGCCAUAACAGCACUACACGGCUGGCAUCCUGGAGAGCUAGCGAUCCAGCGCAAGCUCGGAUUUGCCGAUGCAGUCAGGGAUCACUGGUCUAUCGUUGGAAACUUCAUGCCUGCGCAACACCGGAUAUUCCAUACGUCAAAUCUUCCGUUUAUUCCCGUUACUAUCCAGGACGAUCAUGGCCGUCCUUGGGCAUCCAUCGUGUCUGGGUUGACUGGGUCGGUAGGCUUUGUCAAAAGCCCAGAUGCGCGAACCCUUUCCGUCCUCGCGCGACUGUGGGAGGGUGACCCACUUUUGGAUGCUAUUAGGACAUGGAAAAGCCUCAAAGGCCGCGAUCAUAUCACCUCUGAGAAAUUUCUCACUGCUGGUCUGGGUAUUGAGUUUUCGACCCGGCGACGCAACAAGUUUGCGGGGCAUAUACGAGGUGUUCAGCAGGUGUCAGAAUUUGAUUACGAAAUUGACCUAGCAGUUACGGAGACUAUUGGGAAUUGUCCAAAGUAUAUCAAUAUUCGCAAACUUGACCCCUAUCCGCACACACGACCUGUUGUUGCGUACCGAAAUCAACAACUCUCCCCACACGAAAAACUUCCAGAUGAGGUAGUAGACUUCAUCCUCCAGGCCGACACGGCUUUCAUAGCAUCUUUCUACAAGUCAGAGAAAAGAACUGCCGAUAUGUAUCCGUCCCACGCUGGAAUGAACGCCCGCAGCGGCUUACCAGGUUUCAUGCGCGUCCGUCCAUCCGAUGGCCGCACAGUGGUUAUUCCAGACUAUUCCGGAAACCGUUUAGUUACCAGCCUGGGGAAUAUUGAAUCCAGCGGACUGGCAGGAUUGACCAUCGUUUCCUUCACAACGGGCGACAUUCUUUAUUUGACAGGGACUGCCGAGAACCAUGUCGGCCCAGCCGCGCUCAAAAUCAUGGCCAGACAUGCGAGCCUAACAACCGUGAAAGUAACGGGUUAUACCUUGGUCAAAAAUGCUCUACCUGUACGACAGCAGCCUAGGACAUCGGUCGAACGCAGCCCAUACAGCCCCAAAAUCAAAUAUUUGGUGGAAGAAACGGAAUCGGAAACGAGUGAUUACGAGGGCCAUCAAGCAUAUCUUCAAGAGGCUGUGCAACUAUCCUUUGACUUGGCCGUGUUCAAGUUCAAGGUUGCUACGAAGCCCGGCGCAUCGGGGAUCAACAUACGUCCUGGUCAGGCCAUCGUGCUUGAUUUCAUGGACUGGAUGGGACCUCCUCGGUAUCAACACAUGGCAAACUCGGCUCCUGAAUCGAUCAAUGACGAUAGAGUUCGUACAUGGACGGUGUCGAGUGCACAUGAAGGGCAGAAUAUGACAUCGUUCGAACUCACGAUGCGCAAAAUGCCCGGCGGUGCAGUGACGGGCGCAUUAUUUGAUGCUUUGAAAAAUCAUCCAUUGACUCGAUGGGGACAGCCGAUCAAAUUCGAUAACUCGGUGCGUGCCGGGAUAGUGGGCAUCACAGGCGACUUUUCUUUGAGUCCUGAAAAAGUCAAUGAAUUAUGGGUAGCUGGAGGAAUCGGAAUAACCCCAUUCAUCGCAAUGCUUCAAGCGCUAGGAGAGCGUGGUCCUGCAGCCCAAGGCAAUAUAUCCCUUGUUCUGGCGACAAGGGAGCCAGAGAUUAUGCUGCAGUUAAUCCAGCCAUCACUUGCAAAGAUGCCUCCCACAGUCAAAGUGGAACUGGAAAUCUUCACAAACGAUUUUGAUUUCGAUACGCGAGUUAUCAACAGCCCAAAUGUGAAAGUUACUCUUCACCAAGGGCGCGUGAAGCCAGCAUUCUGGGCAACCGUUCCCAAAGAUAACAAGUUCUUCAUUUGUGGACCUAAUAGUUUUGGAGACUCGGUAGUGAAUGGUUUACAAGCUGCUGGUGUACAACCGAGUCAAAUUCACCGAGAAGGAUUUUACUGA